AGCCGCAAAAAUAAUCGCCAAAAGAGAUAGAUAGAGAGAGAGAGGAGAGAGAGAGAGAGGAGAGACGCGAGGGCCGGGGGUGGAGGAAGAGGAAAAAAGAAGAGCGAGAGAGAGAAAAAAAAUCCCCGUCCACCGCUCCCCGCCGCCGCGCGCUUCCCGGGCCGGAGCCGGCGCGAGUGCUGGGAUUCAGUGAAGCGGGCCGCGCGGGAGCCGGGGCGACGGAUCGAGCGGCAGCGAUGACGCCGCACCCGACGGAGCCGGAGGCGGGGCCCGAGCAGGCGGCGCCGGCGCCGGAGGCGGCGCUCCCCUUGGCGGCGGCCGCGCCGGCGCCGGUCAAGAAGAAGCGGAACCUCCCCGGGACGCCAGAUCCGGACGCCGAGGUGAUCGCGCUCUCGCCGGGGACGCUGCUGGCGACGAACCGCUUCGUCUGCGAGGUGUGCGGGAAGGGCUUCCAGCGGGACCAGAACCUGCAGCUGCACCGGAGGGGGCACAACCUGCCCUGGCGCCUGCGGCAGCGCGGGCCCGGCGCCGCGCCGCCGCGCCGGCGGGUCUACGUGUGCCCCGAGCCCGGGUGCGUGCACCACUCCCCGGCCCGCGCGCUCGGCGACCUCACCGGGAUCAAGAAGCACUUCUGCCGCAAGCACGGGGAGAAGCGCUGGGCCUGCCCGCGCUGCGGUAAGCGCUACGCCGUCCAAGCCGACCUCAAGGCGCACGCCAAGACCUGCGGCACCCGCGAGUACCGCUGCGACUGCGGCACGCUCUUCACCAGACGGGACAGCUUCGUGACGCACCGCGCCUUCUGCGGAGCCCUCGUGGAGGAGACCGGCAGGGUGCUGGCGCCGCCAUCGCCUCGGCCGCCUGAUUUGGAGGCUGAGGAGGAUGUGGACAAGGACAAGGAGAAGGGGCGUGAGGAAGAGGAGAAUGAGGACUCUGCAGUGGCCGCGGAGCAGCCUCAGCGUGUGGAGGCACCGAUGCCGGAAGCGCCGCAGCGCAUUCCGUUACCACCUCCAUUGCCACAGGAACCACUGCGCCGUCCGUCUCCACCCCCAUUGCCAAAGGAGCCGCUGUGCCGUCCGUCUCCACCUCCAUUGCCGAAGGAGCUGCUGCGCCGUCCGUCCCCACCUCCAUUGCCGAAGGAGCCGCCGCGCCGUCCAUCCCCACCUCCAUUGCCAAAGGAGCUGCCGCGCCGUCCGACCCCACCUCCAUUGCCAAAGGAGCCACAGCUCUUUCCCUCGCCACUUCCAUUUCCACUGGAGCAGCGGCCAGUUGUCGCAGUGGUGCCAAAUGUGGAUGACCCAGAGGUGGUUGCUGAGACAGCUGUGGCUGCCAAAUUGGAGGAUGAAGCUGAUCAAGACGAAGACACAUGCUUCCAGGAAGCUGAUCAAUACAAGGAAGCUGAACUUGAGGUCUCCAAUCUGAUGGACAAGGACACUCCAAUGCUUCCUUGCUUCCUCCCAUCACCCUCAGAGGCCAUUGGUACCGAUGGGAGCAGCACCACCUGUGGUGCCGGCGGCAGUGUUUCCAAUUCUAUCGCGCCAUCUACAACAACCAAUACUUUUGCCGGUCUGUUUGCGUCAGCCACAACAAGCACCACUUCCCAGAGCAGAUCUCUGCGUGAUCUCAUCGGUGUUGAUCCCACCUUCCUUUGCCUUGCUAUCGGUGCACCCUCCUCUCUGUUCCCACAGACAAGCCCAAGCAAUCCAGGCACUUUCGCUGCACCUCCGGCCCCUCACAUGUCCGCGACUGCGCUCCUGCAGAAGGCAGCCGAAGUUGGAGCUUCGCAAUCAAGCUCAUCGUUCCUGAAGGAAUUCGGGCUUGCCUCUUCCUCCACAUCGUCACCUCCAUCGAAGCAGCCACCUCACGGGAGGUUCACUGAAAACAGCGCGCUACCGUGGCACCACCGCAGUAAUCAGCACAUGGAGAUGGAGCGCCAUCGGAAUCAUCAGCAUAGGGAGAUGGAGUCCAGUUCUCAACCGUGGCACCACCGGAGUACUCAGCAAAUGGAGAUGGAGCACCACCGGAACAAUCAACAAAGGGAGAUGGAGUCGAGUUCGCAACGGUGGCACCACCACCGGAGUGAUCAGCAAAUGGGCAUGGAGCGCCUCCGGAGUAAUCAGCAAAUGCAGAUGGAGUCCAGCACGCAUCGAUGGCCGCACCACAGGAGCAAUCAGCAAAUGGAGGUGAGUAAUCAGCAAAUGCAGAUGGAGUCCAGCACCCAACGGUGGGCGCACCACAGGAGCAGUCAGGAAAUGGAGGUGAUGGAGCGGCACCACCGGAGUGGUCGGCAAAUGGAGAGGGAGUCCAGGGCAAUGCUAUCUGGGGGUCUAGGCCUUGGUCUCGCAUACGAAAGUGGAAAUUCAGGGUUGCCGGACCUGAUGAUGGGCCCAUCGCCACUGUUCGGUCCCAAGCCUGCUACGCUGGACUUCCUUGGGCUUGGCAUCGGAGGGACCAUGGGCGGCUCCACGGCCAACGGUGGCCUCCCGGCAUUGAUGGUUGGAGGAGAGCUGGACAUGGGGCCUUCGGCACAGGUGCCGGCGCCAUGGGAGGACGCCAAGAGGAAGACCAACGGCCGCACGAUCCUGUGAGGUUUUCGUUUUUUCUGUAACCUUGGGGGUUUCGUGCCUCGGCUCGCUCAUUCUUUCAGUCUCAGUCGCAGCUGUGUUGGUAGAGCUAGAAACUCUGUACAUAGCUCGAUGCUUCUCCCAAUCCUGCAAUUCUGUCUGAAAAAAAAAACGAAUCGAAGCUGUUAUUAUAGCCAAAAUUCGAUCCCGGCAAGAUGGAACCUGACAUUUGAUGCGAUGCCCCGUUGCUUUUAAGAUGUGACGAGGUAACAGGGUAAGUAGUCGCCUUUAUUACCGAGAUCUUCGGUGCUAAUCGAGUACUGUUUUUGGAAA